AUGGGACAUGGAGUUGGUGAGAGGGGAGCAAUGGCACAUAGGGGCAAGUUCAGUAUCCCAUACGUCGCGCAACAGGGGUUUGUAUUUGUGGCUUUUGAAGGGUGGUCAAAUUGGUUAGCACAAAUGCUAGAGUCUGGGAGACGAAGGCUUCUCCUUCUGUGCGCAAGCUUUGUGCUUCUUUCACUUCUUGGACCAUCCAAUGGCGCAUCGAAUUCCACGGAGAAUCUCAGUGAGAGCCGCAACAAGACCAGCCAUACUUUGGAGAUGACACCGAAAGUAUCAUUUCAGCUCAAGCUACACGCAUUGUUCCACUGGUCUUCGUUUGGUUUCUUGAUGCCUCUAGGAAUAAUACUAGUCAGAAUGUCAAGCAAAUGUCACAAUGGCAGAUGCAUCAGAGCCCUCUUCUACUGCCAUGCCAUUUCACAGACUGUGGCUGUCCUCCUUGCUACCGGUGGCGCUGUUCUGUCGUUGAUGAACUUCGAAAACUCCUUCAGUAACAGUCACCAAAGAGUGGGACUGGCGCUAUAUGGAGUUAUGUGGCUUCAGCCAAUUAUCGGUUUCUUCAGGCCAGAAAGAGGCGUUAAGGUGAGGAGCUUAUGGUAUUUCUUCCACUGGCUCUUCGGAAUCUCAAUCUGCACCACGGGGAUCGUGAACGUCUACAUUGGCCUCCGCACCUACCAUGAGAGGACCACCAAGAGCGUGAGGCUCUGGACCGGCCUCCUCACCGUUGAGGUAUACUAUCUUGACAACAUUGACCACUCUGUCUCAUUGGUGGACCGGACUUCGACUCCACGCCUCACCUUUUAUGAUAAUGCUCUAAUAGAUCGCUUAACUGUUGCUGAUACAACUAUAACCACUCAGGGUGCACAUACUUUUGGUGUCCAACCUUUCAAGUCAUGGAGUACCACCUGCUAUGCUGCUGCAGAUGUCCGUGGUGCUCCCUGUCAUAACAUAAAUGUUCCUGCGGCAGGAAUACCCAAUUUAAACAUCCCACGCCUCCUGGAUUUGUUAUUUGAGCCGCUAGAUGAUCUGACUGGCUCGCAUAGAGAGAGAGUACGGGGUUUCUUUUCUGAGUUUGAUCACACACUCUCUCAAAACAAAAGGUCCAUUGAGAAUUCUAUUGCAAACAUUGUGAGAGCCCAGUUUCGGUUAGCUGAUCAAUGUCGUCCAUUCAUUCAUGAACUCGUGGCAUCACAAACCCGGGACACCAACAUUCCAGGUCAUGAGAUUUAUUCUCAUGGUAGCUUUGUUUCUGCUGGUACUUUACUUCGGAGCCAGAUUGAUCAGACUGAGUUGGUACAAAAUGAUCCUCCUUUACAUAGAGGCCGAAUUAUUCAUCCACAAGGCUUCUCUUAUACUGAAACUAUUCCUACUUCAUCUGCCUCCCACCAUUCCCGUUUUGAGCAUAACUCUCCUUAUGCUCCUGAACUUCCUGAAGCAUGCAGUAACAAAAUAAUCGGAAAAGACACCACUUCUGCAUUAAAGUGGCCGAUUCUAGAUGAUCUGCCUAUGUUCAAGUUUCCUGGAAAGAGACUAACCAAGAAGCCAUCCAAAUUUUAUUCACCCUUCAAGCAUGGCAUUCUGUCUCGUCCUCCACCCAAUUUAGAGUUUUCUUUGCGUAUGCAUGCCUUCCUUUGUGCAGAUGACUCUCCAUUGAAAAGGAAAACUUUGAUGCACUUUGGGACAGAGUCAUUGACUGGCCGAGAUAUUACACUUUCCUUUGGUAUUGGAAAAUUCAUAGACCCUGUGUUCAUGGAUGCAUUUGUCAAAUGCAUAGCUGAAGAUGACUUUAAUAUUCGUCCUGAAUGCCAUGUGUUCAGAAUAUUCCUACAACCUCUUGUCUCGGAUAUUCUUAAGUCAGACUCCUUCAGUAUUCACAAAACUCAGCCUCAGUGCAGCCAGGACAUUGUACUAGAAACUAUCAAGCGAUGCCUCCCCACGACUGACUUACAAAAGGCAAAGAUGAUAUUUCUUCCGGUUUUACAUCUUAGUCACUGGUUUGUAUAUUGUAUCAAUCUUGGCCAAUCCCGUGUCGAUGUCCUAGACUCAAUGAACUAUACUUCUAACAAUGAGGUCACAUGGGAUACAUAUCAUUCACCUAUGGGCCAAAUACUCAUGGAACGCCUAAGUGCUGCACUAUCUUUAGCUGCACCCCGCAAAUUCCCCCAAUUUGCAAACUGGAGACGUGUACCAAUUCGGGUUCCAUUUCAAAAUAAUAUCUACGACUCUGGCAUAUUCUCCAUUAAGUUUAUUGAGUUCUAUGACGGAUCGAUCAAAGGAGAUGAGGGCAGAAAUGCUACAAUAUCUAGCCUUUCAUACUUUCAACAAAGUCCAUGCUCCUCCUGA